AUGUGUAAUGAAAAUUAUUUAAAAGAAUCAACAAGGCUAAUCAAAAAGGUUUUAUUUGUAAUAUUAUUUUUAGGGUUGUCCUAGAAAGAAUAUAUAAUUGUUAGAGAGAGUAAAAAAUAAUAAUUUUGGUUUAAAUAAAUAAUAAGAAAUGGAAAUUUUGAGAAGAUAAGUUUAUUCUUUAAACAAGAUUUUAGAGAGUUAUCUUAAUAGAAAUGCUUCCUUUUAUAAAAAAACUGCCUUAAUAGUAAUUAGUAAGGCAAAGUAAUUCUUGCAUUAAUGGUAUGAUUUGAUAAGAUUUUAAUUUAAACAUAAAAAGCCAAGUAAUAUAGCGUUUUAAUUUAUCAAAGAUAUUAAAAUGAUACAAUUUUUUUUAUAUGAACUUCUUAAAUAUACUUAGAAUAUGAGCAUAAAGUUUUAUAGAGAAGAAACUUAUCAUUUAUCAUAUUUUUAUUGUAAUGCUUCAAAAUAAAUGUUAGAAUACUUAAAUGGAUUUAAAUUUUAAGUAAUUAUUUUUAAUAUGAUUAGAUUUGGUAAUAUUCAUCAAGAGAAGUUUGGACUGAUAUAAUAAUGGGAAAUAUGCUAUUAUAAAAUUAGAAGUAUUAAUUUGAUUUCAUUAAACAAAGUUUUGAAUUAGCAAGUUUAGAAUUUGAAAACAGUUUAAUGAAAAUUCAAAAAAAUAUUUUGUAAAUAAUUAGUUAUAAAAUUGAAAAGAGUUUAACUAAAGAGGAGGUCAAAAAGUUUGCUAAUAGAUAAGUAAUAAAGUUAAAAAUGAAUUUAGAUGAUUAUGCUGUUUCAUAUAUUUUUUUUACUUUGCAUGUCUUAUCUAUAUUCAGAUAAUUUAUCAAAGUAUUAAGAACUUUUAAAAUUGCUUUAUUAUUUAAAUAAGCAUAAUUAGUAUAAUGGUGAAUAAUCUAAAUUACUAAAAGAUUUUAUUAAGUAACAUAAUCACAAAUUGUAAAUUUACUUAUAGGAGUUAGGAGAGAUAUAAAAAAUAAUGUCAUUAAUGUAUGAUAUUCCAGAAACAAAGGCAGAAGAAAAACCUAAUUAUAUUGAUGAACAUUUCUAUAAAAAAUAUCAAAUUAAAGANAUCAUUAUAAUAUUAUUUAUUCUGAUAUUUUUGAGUUAUCAAUUUUGA